AUGACUGCAAUAAUUGUUCCAGGAGAUAGUCUUCCUAUAAAAAACAAUACUUCAGUUUCAGAGUCAACAACUGCAGCUGCUGAUGCUGCAGGGGCAGGAGCAGGAGCAGGGGCUGCCACUAAAAUUGGUCCAGGAAUUUACAAAAUGCCACGUCUGCAGCAUCUUAUACCAUCCACAUCGGGCAUUCUACAUCACCAGUAUCAGAGCAAUAAGAAUAACGCAGAACUUGUGUAUAUUGAAUCAGACACUAAGCGGUAUAUUCCUCGCAACAAUGAUUUUGUCGUUGGAACCGUUGUAGGAUCGGUGGGCGAUUUUUACAAGGUUCAACUUCAACAGUUUUCAUCACCGGUUUUAUUGCCAUUCAUGGCGUUUCCCAGUGCAACAAAAAAGAAUCGACCCAACUUGAAUAUUGGUCAAUGUGUUUAUGCUCGAGUGAUAAAUGAUGAUAAUGACUCUACGUUUGAGACAGAGUUGAGUUGUACAGAUGCCAUGAACUCAAGAGAGUCUGGUGGGUUUGGUGUGCUUGGUGAGCUGGGGUUUGUCUUUGAUUUGAAAUUGGCUUUUGCAAGAGAAUUGUUAUAUAAUGCCAAACUGAAUGUAUUAUCAACAUUGGCCACGCGCGUGCAAUUUGAAAUUGCCGUUGGGAUAAAUGGACGUGUAUGGAUUAAAUGUGGAGAGGGAGUUAUCGAAGAGAAAAAGAGAAACAAGAAUGAAGAAACCGAUGGAGAUGUCAAGAUGAGAAGUGCUGAUGGGGGCGAUGACGAUAAUGAUAGUGUAGAGGGAUUAAGGAGUCGAAAUUUAAAGAAUUUAAGAAACACGCUUGCUGCAGUAGAGUUUUUGAAAAAAUGUGAAAAAGUUGAACCUGAACAAGUUUCAAAUGAAUUGAAAAAGGCUUUUAAAGGGAUAUAA